UCUCCAUUGGUGCAGCCCGCGAGGUUACCGGAAGUUGUUUCAACUGCCAUGUUUGGUUGCUUUGUUGUAGGCUUCUACUAGGUUUCCUACAGAAUUAGUAAGUGUGGAAAUGGAGCCGAGCUGGAGUACGUUUCUUUUUCAACAGGCAAAUGAAGCCCUCCACCACCAGCACCAGGUUGCCCAGAACAGCCUGCUGCCCCUUCUUCAAGCAGGCUCUGAACAAAUUGACCAGAAGCCUAUCCUGCCCAUCCAGAUAGACCAGAAGCCACCUACCAUCGCUGCAGAUCUCCUCAAAGACAACGUAGCCGGUGGAGGGGGUGCACGGCAGCCAGCGCCUGUGAUAAAGAAGGAACAUAAAGGCAAAACGCCCUUCGUUUGUGGCUACUGCAACAAGGCCUUCCGAGACAGCUAUCACCUGCGGCGCCAUGAAUCCAGCCACACCGGUAUCAAGAUGGUCUCGCGUCCAAAGAAGGCGGCCCAAACAGCCCCCACUAUGGUACCCAUGAUCUCUACCAUGCCACGGGAAAACAACGGCAACCCCUCGUACAUCUCCACGGUUGCCGGCAUACUCUCCACGGCAACCACCUCCGUCUCCUCGGGCACAAGCAUCAUGACGUCGUCCUCGAUGGGCAACGUGCAGCAGCAAAACAUCCCCAAGAAGCCCGCCAAACCUGUCAAGAAAAACCACGGCUGCGAAAUGUGCGGCAAGGCCUUUCGCGACGUCUACCACCUGAACCGCCACAAGCUGUCCCAUUCAGACGAGAAACCCUUUGAGUGUCCCAUCUGCCAACAGCGCUUUAAGCGGAAGGACCGGAUGACCUAUCAUGUUCGCUCUCAUGACGGAGGGGUCCACAAGCCCUAUGUGUGUUCUGUGUGCGGGAAAGGCUUUUCCAGGCCAGACCACUUGAGCUGCCAUGUGAAGCAUGUGCAUUCCUCUGAAAGGCCAUUCAAAUGCCAAGUAACGGCCUGUACCUCUGCUUUCGCCACCAAAGACAGACUUCGCUCUCACAUGAUCAGGCACGAAGGCAAAGUCACCUGUAGCAUCUGUGGGAAGAUGCUCAGUGCCGCCUACAUCACCAGCCAUUUGAAGACGCACGGACAGACCAACUUCAACUCAUGCAACAAAGAUGGUAAUGAAGUCUGCAAUUCUGCCUCAGCUACCCCUGUGACCGUCUCUGUUCCCAUUACCACGACGAUGAACCGGGGCAACGUCAACAACAACAACAACCCCGUCACCAUCGCCGCACAGAUGAACAUUAGCACCAACACCGUCAACAUCACGUCGCCCGUCAGCCUCCAGCACCCAGUGACCAUCACCGGGCCCGUCAACAUCGCCUCCGUCAACAUCCCCGCCUCGGCACCCAUGAAUAUCGCCCACCCGGUCGCAAUAACCACCCCCAUGCCUAUGAAUAUCGCUGGCCCACUGAACAUCGCCAUGAGGCCCGUGGACAGCAUGCCUUUUCUGUCCCAAGUCUUGCCUUCCUCCCCUCCCUGGUAAGAAGGAGCGCGAGCAUCGGACUGGCCAGAAAGAAAGGGAAAAUGAAGUGAAAACACAGCUGUCGUCAUACCUUACACUUAAUGCCCAGCACCUUUCUCCCUCUAAGCCACGGUCACUUCAUCAGGGCUUGAAGUGAAUAUGAACACGAGCCGCACGGUGGGUAGAGGCUCCUCCAGAGGCACAGCUGCCUCCCAACUAAUUUUAAGUGACCGGCAUGAGAUGCAGGACACUUGAAUAGAAGUCAAGUAGGAUUUAUAUUGAAAUCAGGACAACUGUAAGACUUAGUGUAGUCAAUUAGAGUGAAACUGUGAUUUGUAUUAUGACAGAUGAGAGGACUCCUCAAGGACUCCAUAGGAAAAGACACCUGUGCUUCUGUAAAAUGGGAGAUGAGAAAUGGACUGAAGCAAUAAGUACAAAUUGCUGUUUUAGAGGUUUUACAAGUUCCCUCCCAAAGCCUCUGGGUGUUGCUUUGUAUGUUGUUGUUUUAACUAUAGCCUGCUAAUCACUAUUUAAUGUAAUAGGAAAUGAGUCUAGUCAAAGGGACAGCAGCUUCCAUGUGCAUGGAAGAAUAUUUUUUCACAGUGCUAUAGCUUUUGUUUUUCCUCUCCGAUCGUAGAUAUGCUAAUAAGGUACAGUGACUAACUUGUACAGUUGACAUAGUAAUGUAUUUUCAUGACAGCAUUUUUAAUUUUUGCUAUUGGCAUUCGAGCGGGCAUCAACUCUUAACUUUUCUAUUUCUAUGGAGACACAGAGGUUUGUUUUUAUUUGCCUGGUUGUAGAGGUGAUUCUUUUUCCAUGAAGUCAGAAUGAACUAAGUCUUGCACUGAACGCAUAUCCUACAUACAGGUGAACAGCAGUAUUAUCAGACAUCUGAUUGAAGGCGCCAGUGUUUGGAGGGGCCACACGCUUACGGGCCCUCUAGUGGCUGAACAUGGAACAGCCUGGCCUUGUAGUGACGCUCGAGAGGCUGUUAUUGGCGUCACACUAAUACCUGUGAGUCAUCGCGCUGGUGACGACCUACAGUAAUUUUGUGUGGCUCUUCUGUACCCUUUUAUUAAAUCAUUUUUUUCUCUGAUAGCCCAAGAUAAUACUAAGGACAGUUCACUCAGGAAAUGCACAUAACAGCCAAUUAGUCACUGAACUUGGUUCUCAUUAAACAGACUUUGAUCAGGGACAGAGUCCCAGAAUUCUUCAUGAAAAACCGUCCAUUCUAAUGAUAAUAAGGACUCAUGCUGUACUUUAUUCUUUACACUCCCACUAUGUGCAUUUUCAUGUGAUCCAGGUCUGGACAGGUUUGAUGAAAAUGACCCUUAGAACAAUGGGACGAGGCUGACGUUGCAUGAGCCCAAACACUAGCUGUUAACCAUGAACUGUUUUAUUUUUAUUAUUUUUUUAAUGAAUGCCAUGUUACCAGUGUUGCAGCUCUUUGAGUUGAUCCAGUUUCUACUGAAAAAUGCAAUAUGCAUGUUUGUCAUAUUUCCCAAGUUUUGUUUUGAAAAAAAUCCUAGCAUAGCGUUUUUGUUUCUUUGCAUUGACGUAGAUGAACUAUGAACUAUAGCCUGUUUGCCAAAUUUGAUACAAUAAUGUGAGAAAUGGAAAAUUUCAUGUGGAAUUUUUAAAGGAAAAAAAAAAAGAAUGAAAAUUCCAGCACCCUUGUGAAAGCAGUUGAAUGUAUAUCUUUGUACAAACCUAUUUUAGUUCCGAGGAUAUUGUAGUUACGAUAGAUGUGAAAGAUAAAAUAACCUUUUUUAUAAAUCUUUUGUAUUAGAACAUUAACAAUGGUAAUUUUGUAUAUAUGAGAGGCUAGGCUUUCUGAUUAGCAGAAAGGUCAAACAUUCCUACAUUUUUUUAAAUGUAUGUUUGUCAAAUUAUUACAUAAACAUGCGCAAUGUUAUGUGCCUUUUAUUUGGGUUGUCUAAAUAAAAGAAAACUAUCAAAUGUG